AUGAAAGAGGCUGAGGAACUUCUGAAAUGGUUCGAUGGUCUCACCACUCGUAUCUUGGACCUGGUUGGAGAUUACGCAGGAGAUGAGCUUUUUCUCAUUGAAGGAGACUCGCUACUUUUACAGUGUUUCUCUGACGAGAACCUGGACUUCUCUCAUGGCCUUCAGCUACUGCAUAUCACAUAUCUCGUUGAAAAGCUCCUUAGUCAGCUCAAGCAACGCAAAUGUGUGUUCCAUGUCGUGUUCUUUUCCAAUCAUGCGCAGAUCUGCAUCCCUCCAAAUAUCGAUGAAAGGCUACAGCCUAAGUAUCGCCUUGCGCGAGAAGCAAUCCUACAACACCUAGCGCAGAAUCUCCCAGCUUCGGUCCCUUCAAUCGAGAUACACUUCUUUGACGAUUAUCGAUGUGGUAGCUUUGAAAAAUACCUCCAUACCGUUGGUGCAUACUUCUUAAUGUGUCACGAUGGUACAAACCCUAGAAAUAUUCAGGGGUUUGCGGAACUAUCCGAGGAUUCUGAUACGGAACAGUCAGACGACGAUUAUUUGGAAGUAUCGGACCAGGAUGAAUACUCAAAUAGCCCACUUUCGCGUGAUUGGCCAGGAAAGACGAUGUUACGGUCCAUGAUGCGCUGGUUUAUCUGUCAUGGGUACAAUAUCUCGAUUCUCAAUAGCUUGGAGUGUCGAAACUCAAAGGUCAUGUCGACGAUACUUGAGGGCUCUGUCUCGCGUGACCGAAACAUUUGUGAGUCUAUUACCUAUCACUCGACGUCUCCAGACCCAUCCUCGUUCUCUCCAACCAAUAUCGACGAUCAAGUUCCCAAUAAUAUCUCGGCAAUGGUCAAACAGCGAGAAGUAGAACUGACUCAGAGUGAGUGGGUGACAGUAAUCGCCCUUGGGAUGAUGAGACUUGAGCUUUCGCCUUCUGACUAUGGUAUUGUGGAGGCUUGUGCCCUGUUGCUACACACUGCCAUACUGAGCGAAUGCAGACUUGUAGAAAGGGCCGUGGUCCAAAAACGGUCUCAUGCAGGCGAGGCCUUCCUUGAACAAUAUGCCAAUGCAGUAGUCAAUGUCCUUACAUCGAGAUUCUGGAAUGAGUUUAUCACACAGAUACCAGGCCCCUGUGAUUUAGGCGAUGUUGUUGAUGGAAAUCUAUUUCUUGAGACAUUGAGCGUUUUGAAGCGAACAAAAAGCAUCGAUUCUUUCGGUUUAGCCGCUCUGAAGAAGUUCGAAUUGCUCAGAAUGGUUCUUUCAGACAUGUUUGACAUUAACAUCCUAUCGGCAGUUGGAUCUGCGGCAUCAGGGGUGUACGGUUGCGACCCACCCAGUCCACGAUCAGUGAAGGUUGUUGGUGCGCUCAGAGAAAAAGCCACAGACGUGCUGCCAUUCAGCAAUCCGAUUGUUGAUGCACAUCUGAAGCCCGUCUCCAUUAUAACCAGGGACUGCACUGAAGCCACCGUUAGCUCAACCACGUCACGAAUUUUCCAGGAGCUCAGUCAUUGGCACAACCACAAGGGCCUUCUCAAUGCACAACUAAAACCCCAGCUCACUGCUAGACAGACGUUCAUAACCCGCCGUUACCAGUUCUUCAUGAAGGAUGUGCGACGGUAUGCUGCAAGUCUCACGAACGCAGUGGGCGGAUCACUCAAACCCGAGACAGUAUGUGUGAAGCCUCGAGAGACGGAAGUGCCCAAGAAUCUCAAAUCCUCAAAAGGUAGAGAGAACUCAACAUCAAAGCUCGGGAUUAAUCGUGGCCCUCAGUCUUCGGGGCGCAAAAUUGGUGGAAAACAUGUAAUUCGAGACCAAAUCGCCACUCAACAGCAGUGGAAACAUGAUGAAAUUGCCGAGCGACAUCUUUCUGCUUGGCAAUCCAUUAUCGAGAUAUUUGACAGUGAGCUUGAUUACUCUACACGAUAUAUUCAGGUAAGACAGUACCUCGAGAGGUUACCAUCGGACAAGAGAAGCGCUGUUGAAGUGGAGGUACUGGCGUAUAUGACAAGCACUCUAGUCCUUAUGUGGAAGGGAAAAUGCAACGGUCGGUGCCGGGACUCUUCAAUGCCUCUAGUUGCGUUGAUCUGGCAUACAAUUCAGCAGAUUGCGAAAGCAAAACAUGGCGUCACCGAGGAAAUAGCUCAGUGCAUACAAACCACACUCAAGGCACUCAAACUUCCAGACCUUGAACUACCACGACAUGGAAAGCGCAGAAUGACAUUCAAUUUUGCUGUCUUGGAUAUGAACAUUGCUAACAUUAGUGUUGGCCUAUCGCCGCCUGACUUCCAACUGUUUUACGCCGGUCCAUACAUAGACCGUAGUAUGGGCUCAACGCGAGAUCCCCGCAUUCAUGACUUUGAGCCGGAUAUGUGGCAGCGAGAGGUUCUUGAUCAGAUUGAUGCCCGAGGAAGUUUGUUUGUGGUAGCGCCAACCAGCGCUGGAAAAACAUUCAUAUCCUUCUACGCCAUCAAACAGAUCCUGGAAGACGAUAAUGAUGGAAUACUGGUUUAUGUCGCUCCGACAAAAGCACUUGUCAACCAAGUUGCUGCGGAGAUUGAGGCAAGGUUCUCCAAGUCUUUCAACAACAUGCCGGGCAAAUCGGUUUGGGCAAUUCACACACGCGAUUACCGCAUAAACAAUCCAACUGGAUGUCAAGUGCUAAUCACUGUGCCUCAUAUCCUGCAGAUCAUGCUUCUCGCUCCAUCGAACGCGAAGUCGUGGUCACCCCGCAUCAAGCGUAUUAUCUUUGACGAGGUCCAUUGUAUUGGCCAGGCGGAGGACGGCGUUAUCUGGGAGCAAUUGCUACUUCUAGCUCCUUGUCCUAUCAUUGCACUGUCUGCGACAGUCGGUAACCCAGAGGAGUUUAGACAGUGGCUUGAAAUGGCCCAGAAAGCAAAUGGCUUGGAUCUACGAAUGAUCCAGCACAAAACCCGGUACUCUGAUCUGAGGAAAUUCAUCUAUAAUCCGCCAAACAAGUUUUUGUUCAAUGGGCUUUCGACCCCACCUAAACUCUCUGCUCCUGGGCUUGAUGAAAGUCCGAGCAUGGCUUUCCUACACCCCAUUGCUAGCCUCAUUGAUCGCUCUCGCGGCCUCCCUGAGGAUUUAAGCUUGGAGCCUCGGGAUUGUCUUAUGCUAUGGAAAGUGAUGAAGAAGCAUGCCACAGACACAUUCCCUAUCGAUGAUCUCUUGGAUCCUACAACCGCUUUACCAGAGAUUAUAAAGAAAGCUGACGUUAUUGAAUGGGAGACCAAGUUGAAGGCGGUGGUUACAGAUUGGAUGAGCCAUGACAAUUCCCCCUUUGAGGCAGUUGUUCUGGAACUAUCGAAGACAUUAUCAACGGCCAAUCCUGAACUUCAAGUCUCCGGUGAAUUCCAUGGAUCUCUUACCCCGGCUGUCAUCGAGAAGAGUAAUAUAUGCGAUACGACACUGCCACUGAUAUGUUCACUCCAUGACCAAGAUGCCCUCCCAGCCUUGUUCUUUAACUACGACAGAGAAAACUGCGAGAGAAUUUGUGAUCAUCUUUUGAAUCAACUUGAAGAAUCAGAAAAACGUUGGAAAGAGACUAGUCCUGAAUGGCACAAGAAACUAACCAAGUUCGAGAAAUGGCAGAAGGCUCGGGAGAAACAAGUGCUGCUCGUGAAGGAACCCAAAAGCAAAUAUAGACGACGAGCUGGUGGCGAUAACCAAAGAAUAUCAAAAUCAGAGCUUAUGAGGGAAAUGGCCUCCAAGGAAUCAAGCCAUUUUGAGUCCUUCAAUUCCGAGGAUCCCAUUCGAGGAUUCCAUUUUGCGGACGAAAUGAAGCUCACAUCUUCCGAGUUCGAAAAUUAUGCUACAGAGCUCCGUAUAUUCGAAGUUCCUGAGCGACUAAUUAGUGCUCUGAAGCGUGGGAUUGGUGUCCACCAUGCGGGCAUGAAUCGCAGAUAUCGCCAAGUCUGCGAAAUUCUUUUCCGGAAGGGUUAUCUGCGCGUUGUUAUUGCCACCGGGACGCUGGCACUGGGUGUCAAUAUGCCUUGUAAGACGGUCGUGUUUAGCGGGGAUUCGGUUUAUCUAACAGCUCUCAACUUUCGCCAGGCAGCUGGUCGCGCCGGUCGUCGUGGAUUUGACUUUCUGGGCAAUGUCGUUUUCCAGGGACUUUCUUACCAGAAGGUAUGCCGCUUGCUGAGCUCCAGAUUGCCCGACUUAAAUGGACAUUUUCCGAUCACUACCAGCUUGGUAUUACGUCUCUUUAUCCUACUCCACGAGUCGAAUCAGGCCUCAUACGCAAUCAAGGCAGUCAACUCGAUUCUCUCCUGCCCUAUGGUAUACUUAGGUGGACCAGAGUCGAAGCACACGGUACUGCAUCAUUUGCGGUUUUCAAUUGAAUACCUCCGCCGAAAUUGGCUUUUGGACAGACAGGGAAGAGCCUUGAAUUUUGCCGGAAUGGUUGCACAUCUCUAUUACACCGAGAACUCCAGUUUCGCGUUCCAUGCACUUCUCAGUAACGGUUAUUUCCACCGACUCUGCAAAAAUAUCGACAGAUCACCUAAUGAAACACUUCGCACGCUGAUGUUGGUGUUGUCACAUGUGUUCGGACGUCGUUCCCUCCCAACAAGUGUACUCGAGUCUUGGGAGGCUAGAGAAAAAUCCACAUCCGUCGUAAUCUUGCCACAAUUACCUAGGAGUGCAGCGGCGAUACUGAAUUCUCAUAAUGAGAAGACGUUGAGCGUAUAUUCGGCAUAUGUGACCACCUUCAUCGAGCAGCAUAUUCAUGACAGCGAUUCUACACUUCCUCUAACAGGAACUAAAUGCGGAGGGAACGAACCAGCAAAGGAAGUAAGCACUUUAAUGUCGUUUCUUGAGCCAACACAAGUUACCUCGUCUUUUAUCGCGCUAUCUGGGCACCGUGACGAAUGGAACAGUAUUCGUGACCUCUGCAACAAGGUCCGAAGUGGAGUAUGGCUUGAGAAGUCCGCUAUCCCACACGUCCAAGUUGCGCCGGAGAAUGGCCAAGCACCUCUAAAUGCAUACCUAUACGACUUCUUCAAACAUGGGAACGUUCAUGCUCUGGUGAACGAGAACAAGAUUCGCCGGGGAGACCUAUGGUCCUUUUUGAAUGACUUCUCUCUUGUCCUUGCCACCAUCGUAACGACUCUGGAGAACUUCAUGAAGCUCUCUCCUAGAAUAGAUGUUGAUAUGUUGGAAACACUUGGUAGCGGCGAUCGCUUAGAAGAGGAAAUGGAUGAAAAUGCACUGGGGUCGGUUGAGAACCAGCUUACGUCUAUGAAUCUGCCACCCAGCAAGGAAAAGCAGCCAGUCAAACCCGUAGCCAUUCGACUGGCUAAGACGAAGGCAAACGUGCUCGAGAAUUGGGAUGAUGAUCUGAUUGACGAUGAAGAAGAUAAUCGCGUUUCCCAGACUGGAGACAGUGGGUUUACACAAUAUCACGGUAGCGCUGAUCCUUUCUUGACUCCAGAUACAGAUGUAGUUCUUAGUAGUCAAGGACUCUUACAAGUUCUCCAGGCGUUCAAGAUGCUUCAGGUGGAAUUCAACGAAAAGUUCAAGGCUAUGUGGGCGUGA